AUGAUACAUGUAAACUUCAGUGCACCUGAUCUUCCCUGUGCAUAUAAAAGAAAUUUUGAAUCCUCAUCAAAGGAAGGACUUCUUAGAUGCACAGAUGAAAAUGUGGAACAGUCACCAUGGCAACAGCUGGAAUGGACAACCAGACAAAGGAGUUCAUGGACCAUGGAGCCCCCUAACAAGUCUUUCAAGCAACAUUUGACAAUGGCAGACAUAUUUCAGAAGAUAUUUUUAACAAAUUUACAAUUGCAGAGAAACUUGGAGAAUUUUCCAUUAUGGGAGGUGUGUAAAAAUAACCACCACAUCUACCAGUAUUACUGUAGCACUUACCAAUCAACGCCUUAUAAACGUAAUGCCAGCGCUCCACCAUCUAGUCCGUACGUUGACGAUAACCACAUGGUCACAAUCAAACAACGUAGUUCUAGCAGUCAAGAUAGUAGACGACUGGGUAGCAGCAAAACUGAAUGGCAGGAGCCACUACCUGCUGUACCAAUAUCAUAUCAGUUUAAACAUUUCAGGCAUGCUACUCAGUAUGCAGACCAGUAUAGGGAAUUAUACACCUAUGCUAGGUUUAGAGAGAGAAAAAGUAGACAUGGCUGCUCUUCUGCUGGUGCUAAUCUGCCCAAAGCUCAAAUAUUUUGUUUAGAUACUUUUCAGGGAGUUAGAUCGAUAACAUUGACUGGCAAACCAGCAUUACAUAGGAAACACUCACAUGAGAAUAGUAUGAAGAUUGAUUACGAGAGCAGAUGGAGGAGAUACAAAGAAACAGUUGAAUCUUGCUCAGUACCAGAAAUAAGAUUUAUUAAAAUACCAUUAUUAAAAAGAUCAAUGCCUUCAACACCAAGUCACACAAAUGGGAGAUUCACUUACAGAAUGAUAGCAAAAGAUAACGACAGUAUAGCUUGUACAUUGGAUAUCUCCACAGCUACAAACACUGUGGUAAGCCCUGUUGCUGGUAAAACUAGAACAAUAACGCUACUAGGUCAUUAA